UAGCAAAGCAAACGAUCCCCACUAAUGGAACAACAAACCCCCACCCCCGCCACCAACACCAACACCAACACCAACGCCACCACGACGUCGCAACCCUCCGACUCACCACAAACCUUACAGCCACCCUCCUCAAUAACCCCACCAGUAAUCCCACCGUCCCCAAAUCCUAACCCUAUCCAAAACCCUAAUCCUAAACCCUCCACCACCACCGCCACCUCACUCCCGAGUCCUUCGCAACCACAACCACCAACCAGGCCUCCCUCCACAUUCUCCAGAGCUGUUACACAGCAGCCCAACUAUCCGCAUUUCUCUUCGCUGCCCUCUUCGUCUUCUCCGGCGUCUUCGUCUGGGUCACCCUCCAUCUCUGCUCCGCCGCCGAGGGGUGGCAUGGCCAUUGGUGUGCCGGCGCACCACGCUAGCGCUUCUACGCAGCCCACGCCGUUCUCCUCCUCUUUCGGUCAGCACUUCACCGGGCUGGGCCGGGCGGGGGUCGCCGCGCCCGAAUCAGUCUCGAAUCCCAAUACUUCCCAGGCGAGACCGACAAUGCAAGGAGUGCAAGGAAUAGGGAUGUUGGGGUCGCUCGGGUCGAGUUCGCAAAUGCGGCCGGGUGGGAUUCCUGCGCACCACCAACAAAGGCCUGUCCAAUCAUCUCUUAGACCGCCAUCUACACCGCCUAAUCAGCCCUCUACUUCCCAAAAUCUUCAAGGGCAUGGCCUUUUGAGACUCUCACCAGUGGGACCUCCUGGUUCGUCACCAAAUACUCCGCAAGGUAUGCAAGGUAUUAAUCAGCCAUGGUUGUCAGCUGGAUCACAAGGGAAGCCUCCUUUACCAUCCCCUUCCAAUAGGCAUCAGGGGAAUUCACAAAUGCAGCAGCGAGCACAUCUUCCUCAACAGCAGCAUCAUAUGGUGCCAACGGCUUCACAACAACAACAUAUGUCACCUCUGCAGCAGCAACAACCUUCACCAUCAAAUCAGUCGCAGGAGCAUUCUGGCCACCAAUUUCCACCAUCAAGGGUCCUGCAAACUGUACCCCAUCAACAACAAAUUACGAGGGUCCAGGGCUCAGGAAAUCUGAAGCCUUCAUCUCUUGGAAUGAUGCAAACUAACACAGUCCAGUCUGGGCCGCAGAAAAAGACAGCUAUUACAGAAACCGAUGAAUCUUGUGAUAGGAUUCUUAGCAAAAGAAGCAUCCACGAGCUAGUCAGCCAGGUUGAUCCAUUGGAGAAGUUAGAUCCUGAAGUUGAAGAAAUUCUUGUGGAUAUUGCAGAGGAUUUUGUUGACUCUAUUACAACAUUUGGCUGCUCGUUGGCCAAGCAUCGGAAAUCAACUACAUUGGAAGCAAAAGACAUACUUCUACAUCUUGAGAGGAAUUGGAAUAUGACGCUUCCUGGUUUUGGUGGUGAUGAAAUUAAGAGCUUUAGAAAACCACUUAUAAAUGAUGUUCACAAGGAGCGGCUUGCAGCAAUAAAGAAGUCAAUAGUAGCAACUGAGACGGCAACCAAGAUUUCUACUGGGCAAGCUGCCGGAAAUGCAAAAGGUAAUCUGGCCAAGACACCUGGCUUCAUUGGCUCCCCAAAGCUAAAAGUACAUGAAGUCACGUGAAGCAUUUAUUGAUGC